GAGUACCUUUGAUUUUAUGGAGACUAUAUACACGGUAUCGUCUCCAUAACCUUUAUGUAUAUAUAAAUAAAGAUGGCGUCAACACUAGAAAAUCUAGAAGGUCAACUCGAAUUAUUUAUUGAAAAUGUACGACAAAUACGUAUUAUUGUAAGUGAUUUUCAACCUCAAGGACAGAAUGUACUUAAUCAGAAAAUUCAAACUUUGGUAAGCGGACUGCAAGAAAUAGACAAACUAAAAUCUCAGGUCCAAGAUGUUCAUGUGCCCUUGGAAGUAUUUGACUACAUUGAUCAAGGUAGAAAUCCGCAACUUUAUACAAAGGAUUGUAUCGAGAAGGCUUUAACGAAAAAUGAACAAGUCAAGGGGAAGAUUGAUGCUUAUAGAAAAUUCAAGGCUAGAUUGCUUGUUGAAUUGAAUCAAGUGUUUCCAAAUGAACUUGCUAAAUAUCGUACUAUCCGUGGUGAUGAGUAAAACAUAAUAAUAUUAAUAUAUCCCAAGAGUGCUGAUAAUUUGAAUAUAAUUUUUUUCAU